AUGGUGCCAGAGAGACGCUCUCUGGCCGAAUGUGGUGAGCGCUACGUCGUUUCUUUGGACCACAUUGCGGCCAAACAGCAGUUCUUUCUGGGACCGUUGCACGUCUUGUGCGAGGCCUCUGCAGACUCAGUGGCGGAGGCCCUGCGGCCGUAUUUGCAACGCUUGCAGCAGGAGCGGGCCGAUGUGGCAGAGAUUCCAGAGCUGUGGGAAUUGGUGGAGAGAGCGACUCUCCUGCUCUCCAACCUAAAGGGAGAGACUAUCCAAAUUGGCUGGGCUGAGACCAUUUUGGCGGCUGCCAGAGCUGCUGUGUCGGCAGAGAAAUGCGUCACCUUAGUUGAGCAGCAUUUAUUGAGCUUGGAAGGCUUCCGUGCGGAUCCCAGCAGAUUUGCAAAUCCAUCUCUACCUGUGGUUUCAAACCUCUUUGCGCACGAUGCUCCAUGGAGCAGGAAGCUUGAAGCUUUUUGUUCGGCUUCUCAGCAAAGGUUCGCAGAUGAUUGUCAGAAAGCUUUGGAGGCCUUGACUCUUGGUGCUCCUUGUGAGGCUUGGGCAAAUCGCUUAGCCUACAGUACUGAAGUGGAGGCUGUGAUUGACAGCUGUUGCUCAAGCAGCUCCGAGUCCAAAAGCUACAGUUUUGCAGCUUCAUGCGCCCAAAGCUGGCUGCAGCUCAGUCUCCCAGUGCUUCCAUGGAUUCUAGCGAACCUUCUUUGGCCGAAUUGUGUGAGCUGUGCUGGCGGCUGUGCGGGUCUUGCAAGCUCUUUAAGCCAAGAGGAAACUUCUUUUCAACGAGUCCGGAAAGCAUUGGAGCACUGCAAUGAUGCACAGGCUCUCCUUCAACUGAAAGAUGCGUUCACACAAGCCUGUUCACUACUGCUACGGGCUGCAUGGUCAGAAGGAACUGGAUAUUCAAAUGCAGUGGCAUGGUUCAGUGCAGUUCUUUUGGUGGUGCAUGAGUCUUGCCGAAUCCUUUUCCCAGAAGUUCCAGUUGGUUCAGUGGCCGCAGCCAUCACUGCAGCAGAUUCCCUGCUGACUUGCAAUACAUCCCAUCCGCCUUGGGAAGAAGUUCUUGGCAAGAAGUCUAACGCUUUGGAUUUUUCGAUGGGCAAUAGUGGCAAAGAAAGCUCGUUGAUAUCUCCAAGUGUGGAAGAGCUCUCGGAAGCGAUUGCACAAGCUCUUCACGCAGAGGUGCAAACUCAAGCUGCUAGAGCCCUGCCAGGAGGUGUGCCACUCCAGGCCCAAGCCCGUUUAGUGGCAUUGCGAGCUCUACAGGGAAAUCAUGAGGUGAGCAUGGAGCGACGUUUCUUGGAGUUUCUGCAGAAUGAGUGUGGGCAUCAACAUCCAGUGUUGAGGCAUUUGGCAAAGGUGUUGCAAGAGACUGCAGAUGCUUUGGGGAGUGCACCUUUCAAAGCAUUGGCCAUCAGUGCAGUGGCUGCUUCCAGCUUGCAACUCUGUGAGGAGACUUCUUCCAUCUCCAAACAGAUCUUUUCCACUCAACUUCAAUGGACCGAGGACUACCUGACAAAGUAUCCCCAUCGAAAAUUGCUUUGGAGUCGACUUGGUGUGGUAGUUCUUUCUUGGAGACAUCAGAAAGGACAAACUCGGUUGACAACUUCUGAGAGGCAAGCACACUUCUUGCUGGCUGUCGAUGAGCACCUCAGCACUGGAGCUUCUUUGGAGAUGAGUGGUCUCUCUCUUUCUACAGACUCUCAACAUGAGAGGUUUACGAGUUUUCAGGAUUCUUCCGAAAAGGCUAGUGGCGUCGGUGGUAUGCAGGAAGUUUUGCAGUUGGUCGGGAGCAACAAGCCAUUGGAGCUCAUGAAUAUCAACUAUGUUGCCAUUCGUCCAGAAAGCGACGCUUCCCAUUUGGACCUCAGGGUUCAACCGUUUGCAAGAACCUGUUCUACUCAGGACGGCUGA